CAACAGCAACAACAACAACAUCUGCAGCAGCAGCAGCAUUUGCAGCAUAAACAAAUACAACAACAACAGCACAGUUGGUACUCACAUGUUGCUUCCUAUCCGCCCCCGCAUGCCGCUGCCUUUGCGUCGCCCUGCAAAAGCAGCAGCAGCAACAACAAUAACAACAACAACAACCACAUUAUGAAUGCAUACGGCACGGGUGCAGGAGCGUAUUAUGGCUCAACGGGGCCGGGUGGCGUUGGGGUUGGCUACAACCUUGAGGCCAAUACUGUGGCCUAUGCGCACAACCAGCUGCUGCAAUACCAACAACAACAACAGCAGCAACAACAACAGCAGCAUCAGCAACAACAUCAGCAGCAGCAGCAGCUCAGCCAGCGCUCGUAUAUGCCACCACAUAUAAUGCACAGCUCGUAUCCGUACAUUAAGAGCGAACCUUUGGAGCCACUGCCCGAACGCCAUCAGCAGCAGCAACAGCAACUCUUUCAGAAUCCUAUGGCACCGCCGCCAGCACCCGCCAUUGCUAAUCGUCAUUCGCUCGAUGCUAGUGGCGAAAUGAUAAUUAAAUCGGAACCCAUUGACGAACAUGCUUUCAAGUCCAACUAUAUCGAUGAUAAUACUCCCUUUGCCGAUUUUAGUAAAUAUCCCGAAUUCGGCGACGAUAUGCUAAGUCCCAAGCUAGAGCUAAACGUCAAGGAUGAGGCCUAUGGAAACCAAAAAAACCCGCUGAACUACCCACGUCGUAAGCUCCAAACGGAUCGCUCCGCGGAGAGUAUGCCCAUUUGUCAGCGCUGCAAAGAGGUGUUCUUCAAGAAGCACAUUUACCUGCGGCAUGUGGCCGAGAGCAGUUGCAGCAUACACGAGUAUGAGUUCAAGUGCAACAUCUGUCCCAUGUCCUUUAUGGGCGGCGAGGAGCUGCAGAAGCACAAGCAUCUGCAUCGAACCGACAAGUUCUUCUGCCACAAAUACUGUGGCAAGCACUACGACUCGAUUGCAGAGUGCGAAUCGCACGAGUACAUGGAGCACGAGUACGAUAGCUUUGUGUGCAAUAUGUGCUCUGUUACGUUCCCCACACGGGAACAGCUGUAUGCCCAUUUGCCGCAACACAAGUUCCAACAGCGUUACGAUUGCCCCAUUUGCCGGUUGUGGUACCAAACGGCAUUAGAGCUGCACGAGCAUCGACUGGCGGCGCCCUACUUUUGUGGCAAGUAUUACGCUGCAGCACACCAGCAACAGCAGCAGCAGCAGCAGCAACAACAACAACAGCAACAGCAGCAGCAGCAUACACAACAACAUCAGCAACAGGGCAACUACAAACUGCAGGAUUGUCACAUGGGCACCAUUGAAAUGACGCCACCGCAGCACAAGGCGCAUGCGGCAUUACCGGCAACGGCGGCGCUCAAUUCGCUGUUGCAGCAACGCCAGGCGAACGCUGAUGGCACCGCUUUAUAUGCCUCGGCGCUGAAGAGCGAGACGAACGUGAAACUGGAGCGCAGCUAUAGCAACUCCACCAGCGAGUCUGGUUACAGUAUGCACGAGAGCAGCUAUAACAAUGCCUACGCCAGCGACAAUUCUCUGCAUGGCGGGGGCGGGGCAAUUGGUGGUCCGCAGGCGCAUUCCUCGACGCUGGACGAUUCGGAGGAUGCGCUGUGCUGUGUGCCACUUUGCGGGGUGCGCAAGAGCACAAGCCCGACGCUGCAAUUCUUUACGUUUCCCAAAGAUGACAAGUACUUGCAUCAGUGGCUGCACAAUCUCAAGAUGUUCCACAUUCCGGCGUCGAGCUAUGCCAGCUUUCGCAUCUGCAGCAUGCACUUCCCUAAGCGUUGCAUCAAUCGUUACUCUCUGUGCUAUUGGGCGGUGCCAACAUUUAAUCUGGGCCACGACGAUGUGGCCAAUCUCUAUCAGAAUCGUGAGCUGACCAACACAUUCACCACCGGCGAGGUGGCCCGCUGCAGUAUGCCAAACUGUACUAGUCAGCGUGGUGAGAGUAAUCUGAAGUUCUACAACUUUCCCAAGGACAUCAAGAGUUUGAUUAAGUGGUGCCAAAACGCUCGCCUGCCCGUCCAGGCCAAGGAGCCGCGUCACUUCUGCAGUCGCCACUUCGAGGAGCGUUGCAUUGGCAAGUUUCGGCUGAAGCCUUGGGCAGUGCCCACGUUACACCUUGGUGCCCAGUACGGCAAGAUUCAUGACAAUCCCAAAAAUCUGUAUGUGGAGGAGAAGCGCUGCUGCCUCAACUUUUGUCGUCGCAGUCGCUCCUCCGACUUCAACAUGUCGCUGUAUCGCUUCCCCAGGGAUGAGGUGCUACUGCGUCGUUGGUGCUACAAUCUACGCCUUGAUCCGGCUGUCUAUCGUGGCAAGAAUCACAAAAUUUGUAGCGCUCACUUUAUUAAAGAAGCAUUGGGAUUACGCAAACUAUCUCCGGGCGCUGUGCCCACGCUGCAUCUGGGUCAUAAUGACACUUUUAACAUCUACGAGAACGAACUGUGGCCACCGCCAACGCCCUCCACGCCCACCCACAAUCAUCAGCAGCAGCUGCAGCAACACCAGUUGCAGCAGCAGCCGCAACAAGUGCAUCAUAAAUAUCAGCGGCACUCGGCUGCAUCCACAUCCUCGUCGGCCUCGUCGACAUCGCAUUAUGUGGAUCCGGAGCUAAGUGCAUCCUACAUGAGCAUGGGCGCUGGAGGCUCAUCGUCUGGCCUUAAUGUCAGCGACAGCAUGGAUGUCUGCUGUGUGCCCAGCUGCGAGAGCAAGCGCCACAACAAUGAGAACAUCACAUUCCAUACAAUACCCAGGCGGCCAGAGCAGAUGCGCAAAUGGUGUCACAAUCUUAAGAUACCCGAGGACAAGAUGCACAAGGGCAUGCGGAUAUGUAGCUUGCACUUUGAGCCCUACUGCAUUGGCGGCUGCAUGCGUCCGUUUGCGGUGCCGACAUUGCAUCUGGGCCACGACGACGAGGACAUUCACCGCAAUCCGGAUGUGAUCAAGAAGCUCAACAUACGCGAAACUUGCUGCGUGGCUGUUUGCAAACGCAAUCGUGACCGGGACCAUGCCAAUCUGCAUCGCUUUCCCAGCAAUGUGCCGCUGUUGACCAAAUGGUGCGCAAAUCUGCAGCGUCCUGUGCCGGAUGGCAGUAAACUCUUCAACGAUGCCAUCUGUGAGGUGCACUUUGAGGAUCGAUGCCUGCGUAACAAACGGCUGGAGAAGUGGGCAGUGCCCACACUCAUCCUUGGGCAUGAGAAUAUACCCUAUCCGCUGCCCACGCCGGAGCAAGUUGCCGAGUUCUAUGCGCGUCCCACUGCGCCUAACAAUGGCGAGGAGCAGGGCGAGUGCUGUGUGGAGACGUGCAAGCGUAAUCCCAGUGUUGAUGACAUCAAGCUAUAUCGCCCGCCCGAGGAGUCGCAGGUGCUGGUAAAGUGGGCGCACAAUCUUCAGCUGGAGAUUGCCCAGCUGCCCAAUAUGAGAAUAUGCAAUCUGCAUUUCGAAGCCCACUGCAUUGGCAAGCGGAUGCGUCCCUGGGCAAUACCCACGCUCAAUCUGGCAACUAACAUAGAGAAUCUCUACGAGAAUCCCGAACACCAGAUGCUCUACAAGCGGCGCACGCAUCUCAAGCCGGGCAGAGCAGCGCGAGGCUCUGAAGCAAGCGCGGGUGGUGUGAAGCCCACCUGGGUGCCACGCUGCUGCUUGCCACACUGCCGCAAGGUGCGUGCCACACACAAUGUCCAGCUGUAUCGCUUCCCCAAACUCAAUCGCUCCACGCUGGCCAAGUGGGCGCAUAAUUUGCAGGUGCCGCUGGUGGGCAGCGCUCAGCGUCGCCUCUGCUCCGCACACUUUGAGCCGCAUGUGCUCAGCAAGAAAUGCCCGGUGCCCAUGGCGGUGCCCACACUGGACCUCAAUACACCAUCUGGCUACAAGAUCUAUCAGAAUCCGGCCAAGCUCAAGGCGAAUAAGCUGUGCUUGCAGCGUGUCUGCAUUGUGGAGAGCUGCCGGCGUCAGCGGGCGCAAGGGGUGCAGCUCUUCCGUCUGCCUCACAGCCCCACCCAGCUGCGUAAGUGGAUGCACAACAUCCGGAUGCGGCCCCGAGGAGCUAUGCGACAACAGUAUCGCAUCUGCUCGAAGCACUUCGAGACGCACUCGUUCAAUGGGAAGAGACUCAGUGCGGGUGCAAUUCCAACGCUUGAGUUGGGCCAUGAGGACGAAGACAUAUUUCCGAAUGAGGCGCAGUCUUUCGUGGAGGAGCACUGCACCGUCGAGGGCUGCGAUGCCGUCAAGGAACAACCGGAUGUGCGUCUCUUCCGCUUCCCCAACGACGAUGAGGAUCUGCUCUGGAAGUGGUGCAACAAUCUGAAAAUGAGUCCGGUCGACUGCAUAGGCGUUCGCAUCUGUAACAGACACUUCGAGACUGAUUGCAUUGGACCAAAGCACCUGUUCAAGUGGGCCAUUCCCACGCUCUCCCUCGGCCACGAUGAUGAUGACAUCGAGCUGAUGCUAAAUCCCAAGCCGGAGGAGCGCUAUAUCGAUCCGGUCUUCAAGUGCUGUGUGCCCUCGUGUGGCAAGACGCGUAAAUUCGAUGAAGUACAGAUGAACAGUUUUCCCAAAGAUCCGGAGCUCUUCCAGCGCUGGCGCCACAAUCUCCGCCUCGAGCAUCUCAACUUCAAGGAGCGCGAACGCUAUAAGAUCUGCAACGCCCACUUCGAGGACAUUUGCAUUGGUAAGACGCGCUUGAACAUUGGCUCCAUACCGACACUGGAGCUUGGCCAUGACGAGACUGAUGACUUGUUCCAAGUCAACCCCGAGGAGCUGCAGAGCAAUCUCUUUGGACGCCAGAGACGCGUGCAGGAUUCCAUGAGGAUCAACAUUAAGCAGGAGGCGCACUCCGACCUCGAUGAAGACACUAAACCGGACAUUAACAUGUCGGAGGCCACAGAUCCAAAUACAACACAGGUUAAAAUCAAGAAAUCUAUGACCGAUUUCAAGUGCUGUGUGUCGAGCUGUGGUCACAGUCGCCUGGAGCAUGGUGCCCGCCUCUUUCCGUUUCCGAACGGGAAACAGCAGCAGAGCAAGUGGCGCUACAAUCUCCGGCUGCCUGCUGCCGACGUGGACAAGACGACGCGCAUCUGCAGCGCCCACUUCAAUCGCCGUUGCAUUGAUGGUAAUCAGCUGAGGGGCUGGGCAAUGCCCACACAGCAGCUGGGUCAUCAGGAGCUGCCGAUCUAUGAGAAUCCAAAGAAUAUACCGGGCUUCUUUACGCCCACCUGUGCGCUGGCGCACUGCCGCAAGCGGCGCAGCAUUGACAACGAUCUGCGUACCUAUCGCUAUCCACGCAGCGAGGAGCUGCUCGAAAAGUGGCGUGUCAAUCUGCGCUUGUCGCCGGACCAAUGCCGCGGACGCAUCUGUGCGGAUCAUUUCGAGCCACUGGUGCGUGGCAAGCUGAAGCUGAAGACGGGUGCAGUGCCUACGCUCAAAUUGGGACAUGACGAGGGCGUAGUCUUCGAUAAUGAGGGCAUUAAGGCGGGUCUGCAGCUGGAGGAGGAGGCGGAGGAAGAAGAGGGCAAUGCCAGCUUGAAGUCGUUGGUCAAAGUAAAGACUGAGCAGGAGGAUGAGCAGGAGCUAGAGAAUGAAGAUGAAGAGCUGCAGGAGCAGGAGCAGGAUCUGGAGCAGGAUCAAGAUAUGGACGAGGAUGGGGAAGAGCAUCGAGACUCUGAGGAACAUGGCUAUUUUGAUCCCUUGGAACUUGUGGAAACCUACGCUGAGCACCACAGCGAUGAUAACUCUGCCGGACAUGAUAAUCUCGACGAUGAUGAUGACGAAGAUGAGGACAUUCCCGGCAAUGACGAUGAGCUGCUUCUGCCUGAUACGCGGCCACUUCGAAUGACAAUGGCUCCGCGGCGCGAGAAGGCUGUGAAUAAUGUGACGCCUAUUUGCUGUCUGAAGCACUGUCGCAAGGAGCGCACCGCCAUCCAUCAUCUGAGCACCUUUGGCUUUCCAAAGGAUCCGCAGCUGCUGCUCAAGUGGAGCGCCAAUCUGCAGCUGCCAUUGGAAUCGUGCAUGGGUCGUGUAUGCGUCGAGCACUUUGAGCCCUCGAUGCUUGGCACGCGCAAGCUGAAGCAGAAUGCGGUGCCCACCUUGAAACUGGGUCAUGCCACACCGCUCACCUACAGCUGCAAUGGCCGGAUGCUGUCGGGCAUUUACGAUGAACAGCCGCAGCAUUCGGUUUUUCGGCUUUGGAGCCUGAAACACUGCCGCAAACGGAAACCGGAUCUGGUGGAGAUUAAGCCCGGUCGUCGUUGUUGCCUGCCAAGUUGCGGCAAGCAGUCGGAGUCGCACGGCGUCCAGCUGCAGCGUCUGCCCAAGGACCGUCUGAUGCUGCGCAAAUGGUUGCACAACCUGAAGCUGCCUCCAACGGUGGACUGCACCCAAAUGUUCCUCUGCAGCGAUCACUUUGAGCUGAAUGCGCCGUGUCCCACUUUGAAACUGGGGCACUCGGAUACCAAUAUUUAUCGCCACAAUGUGGCUAGCACCAGUGGCAGCUGCCUGGUGCCCAAAUGUACUUGUGCUCGUCUUAAUCUCUAUCGCGGCUAUGAUCUGCCUGCGCAUCCGCAGGUGCAACGGGCCUGGCUACACUGGCUGCAGCUGCCCCAUCCGCAGCCGUCGCCCCGGCACGCCCAGCUAUGUGUGAUGCACUUUAUGCAGCUCUACGAACUGGUGCCGCUGCCCGAAUCGGUGCCAGAUGUUGUGCGCAGGCAGCUGCGUGAGACUUACGAACUGAUAUCCAGCUCCAGCAUGGCCAUGAAGCUGCGUUGCGCUGUGCCCGGCUGCUACUCGAAGUAUACGGACAAUGUGCGUCUGACCAAGCUGCCCGUUUACCCCGACACCUGCGCCAAGUGGGUGCACAACACCAAGAUUCAAUAUGAUCGGCCACGACAUUAUGUCUAUCGUAUCUGCAUGUUGCACUUUGAGCCAGGCUGCCUGGGCCCAGUGCGUCCUAAAGUGUGGGCAAUGCCAACGCUGCAGCUGCACCACAAGGAUGCCAACAUCUAUUUAAAUCCCAAGCUGGAUGGCAGCCAAACACAGCCGGUCGUGCCGCUGGACCUGCCACUGCGCAUUAAAACUGAGCUGCCGAUGUGCAACAGUCCCAGCUUUAGUGCGAGUGCCAGUCCCAGUCCGCGUGGCAAGCUGCGCACUUGCUGCAUUCCCAGCUGCGGUCAGCAGGCUUCGGCCCUGACGCGUCUCUUUCGCUUUCCCAGCGCAGAGACGUCGAUGCUGAAGUGGCUGGUGAAUACCCAGCAGCAGCCGCGCUUUGUCGAUGCACAACGGCUGUUCGUCUGCCAGGAUCACUUCGAGGCAGAGGCCAUUUGCAAGAAUCAGCUGCGCAGCUGGGCGGUGCCAACACUGAAUCUAGGACACGAUGGACACAUCAUACCGAAUGCCAAGCACAAUGGCAACAUUGCCGACAGCCAGGAGAACAAGCAGACGCUGCAGUUCAUCUGGGCCAACUACUGUUCGGUGCUGACCUGCUUCCAGCAAAGUAGCGAGCAGCUACGUCUCUACCAAUACCCCACGGAUCGGCCAACCAUCCGCAAGUGGGCCGCCAAUUGCAAGCAUCGCUCCAUGCAGGCCAGCAGUGAUGGAUUCCAGGUGUGUCAGUCGCAUUUUACGCCGGAUUGCUUUGAUCCUGAUACCGGGGAGCUGAAGGAGGACGCUGUGCCCACACUGGCGCUGAGCCGUUCUGUCACUGAAGUGCGCUGUGUGGUCAAUGGUUGCGUUAAGGACGAAGACGCAUCGCGUCGCCGUCUGUUCAAGAUGCUCAAGCGUAACCCACAGAUAUUGGAUUGGUGUCACAAUUUGCGACUCGAUCAGACGACUAUGAGCGGCUCGGAACAGCACGUUUGUGAACGUCACUUCGAGGCGAACUGCUUCAAUGCGUCUAGAGUGCUGCGUCCAGGAGCACGACCCACACUUCAUUUAGGUCAUGAGGACCUAGACGAUGUGAUACCCAAUCCGGCGAACUGGGAAGAGGAUGUGAUCGUGUGCUGUGUGCCCCACUGCGAAAGCUCUAAGGAUGCGGAUGAAGUCCAAUUGUUUGGGCUGCCAAAGGUGCGCCAGUUGGCGGACAAGUGGCUGCAAAAUGUGCAUCUCGAUCCGAGCAAAGAACAACUGGCCGGCCUGAAGAUCUGCAGUGUACACUUUGAGGCAAGCUGCAUGGAGAAUGGACGACCCAGCUAUGGUGCAAUGCCCACACUCCAUCUCGGUCACGAUGAGCUCGAUAAUAUACACCCAAGCGUAGAGUCGGUGCCGACGCAGCAGAAGCGCUACUGCAAUAGAGAUGGCGCCAGUCACGAUUGCUGCUAUCCGCAGUGCGUAGAGCUGCAGAAGAGCUAUCUGCGUGUCACCUAUGAGCUGCCCCAGGAGCAAGAGCUCCGUCAGCAAUGGCUCUCUUAUAUGGGCCUGGAAGCGCAGCAGCUCGAUAAACAGCAGCUGCCCAAGCUCUGUCCACUCCACCUAAUCUUGCUCUACGAUCACAGUGCGGAUCACUUUUCGGCACACGCCGCUGAGGAGCUGUUGGAUUCCAAUUAUGAGGCAGCGCGCAGCAGCGUUCGCAUACGCGUUGUCAGCUGUGCUGUGCGCGGCUGCAGAACGCUCAAACCACGCGACGGUGGUCGGCUGCACGGUUUGCCCACGCGGCGAGAUCUGCUGGAGAUGUGGCUGCACAACAUGCAGCUAGUGUUUUACGAGCAACAGCGUUAUAUGUACAAGAUUUGCAGCAAGCACUUUGAGUCCACAUGCUUCACGGAGACAACCAAGCGCCUGAAGCCGUGGAGCAUGCCUACGCUGGAGUUGCCGGAGCGCCAACCGGGCGAGAUGCCCGCCUAUCAGAAUCCCACAGAGUUGGAGUGGCAACACAUGAAUGAGCUGCAGGUCAGCGAGAAAGUUGUUGAGGCUCAGCCGGAGCCAUUACUCAAGCUGGAGCCGUUGCCCAAGAAGGAGCCACCACCACCGCAGGUUGUGGAAUAUGAAGAGGAUUGCGACAAUAACUCACAGCAGCCACUGGAAAUGCAGGCUCUGGAGGUGCUGCUCGAGGUGGGCCAUGUCGAGAAGUGCACCACCUACGAGCAAAUGGAUACCGAGGCAAAUCUCAACUAUGCCGAGCAGUUCUCGCAUAAUCCCCUCAGUCCAGGUCCACCCCAAUGCCGUAUCCCCGUUGUCCAGAAUGGACUCCACUACAGUGCACGCCACUGCAGCGUGCAUGGCUGCAAUGUCACCUCCAAUAAUCUGAGCAGCAGCAUCAAGCUACACAAGUUCCCCGUCUCGCUGGAUGCCAUGCAAAAGUGGAUGCACAACACCCAGGUGCUCGUGGACGUCAAAUUCGCUUGGCGUUUUCGCAUCUGCAGUCAUCAUUUCAUCGAUGAUUGCUUUCACGGCUCGCGCAUCAGACGUGGGGCGAUGCCCACGUUGCGACUGGGCUCACGUCGCCCGAAGCAUAUCUAUGAUAAUGAGUUCAACGCCCAGCUGCAACUGGAACAGUCCAAAGAAGAGGCCAGGGAGGCUCUAUCGGCCCCGCUGGAGUCUCAGCAACAGUUGCUCUCUGCGAAUGUUGGUCUUCUCCUGCCGCGUCCAGCCCCGCCCUGCAAAUCCAGCAAAUACUGUCAGAUCGAGGGCUGCUCCAAUCAUUUGACCAGCGAGAAUGUGACGCUGCACAAGUUCCCCCAUUCGUCGGAUAUGUGCGCCAAGUGGCAACACAACACUCAGGUGCCCUUCGAUCCCGAGUUCCGCUGGCGCUAUCGCAUCUGCAGCGCACACUUUGAGCCCAUCUGUCUAGGCAAUGUGCGACUGAUGCACGGCAGUGUGCCCACCCUGAAUCUGGGACCGCUUGCGCCCAAGAAACUGUUUGACAAUGAAUUCUUGCGUCUGGACAAGCCAAUGAGCAGUUCGGAGCUGGGUAUGACCGUCAAACAAGAACAAAUGGAGCAAUUUGAUCAAAUGGAGCUGGAAGAUGGCAACCAGGAGCAGGAUGAUUUCAGUCUGCUGGAGCCCGAGCUGCAGUUGCACGAGGAUAGCGAGGAUGAGCAACAAUAUGACAAUCAUUUCAGCCAAAACGAUUCCUAUAACUGGUCCGAUCAGCAGCUGCGUCUGCCCAGCAGUAAUCAGGAGAAGUGCACCACCAUCUACAAUCCGGUCAAGUCCGGGUAUGAUAAGUGCUCACUGGUCCACUGCCAACGACAGCGUUCCCAGCACGGCGUGCACAUCUACAAGUUUCCACGCUCGCGUCAGCUACAGCAACGAUGGAUGCAUAAUUUGCGCAUCCAAUACGAUGAGCGACGGCCGUGGAAGACAAUGAUAUGCAGUGUCCAUUUCGAGCCGCACUGCAUCCGUCUGCGCAAGUUGCGUCCCUGGGCGGUGCCCACGCUGGAACUGGGGGACAAUGUGCCGCUGGAGAUCUUUACGAAUGAGCAGAGCCAGCAGCUGUUUGCUCAGUCCGAAGCAGGCAGCGAGUGUGAUGACGUUGAAGUGGAUGUUGAGGACACCAUACUGGAGGACUUGGAUGAUGACUAUGAUGACAAUGAUGCUGACGUGAAUGUGAAUGCUGAUGAUCAAAUGCGAACAGCUCCAUAUGUCAAAAGAGAGCGUCGCUCUCGAUUUGAUCCUCUGCCACCGGGUCAGCUGCCACCGUGGAAGAUCAAAUGCUGCUGUUUGCCCUAUUGCCGCAGUCCUCGCGGUGAUGGCAUCAAGCUCUUUCGACUGCCCAACAACAUUAGCUCCAUACGUAAAUGGGAGCAGGCCACAGGCAUGCGCUUCUAUGAGUCCCAGCGAAACACAAAGCUCAUCUGCAGUCGACACUUUGAUCCGCAGCUUAUAGGCGUACGUCGCCUCAUGUCCAAUGCGGUACCCAGCCUCCAUUUGGGCCCAGACAGCGCAGAACCCGAGCUGCCUCCUGUGGGACCACGUUGCUGCAUGCCCGAUUGCUCUGAGGACGUCAAUGUCCAGCUGCACAAGUUUCCCAAAGAUCCCAUGCUGCUGCAUCAAUGGUGUCAGGCGCUCAAUCUACCGGAUGUUCAAAGCUACUCCGGCAAAUUCAUUUGUGCGGCACAUCUGCCCUCCAACGCGAUGAGCUGUCUAAUUUGUGGCGUGGACGAUGUGCAGCUGCCAAUGCUGGACUUUCCCCAGAAUCGCAAUCAGCGCACCAAGUGGUGCUAUAAUCUGAAAAUCGAGCCUCUGCCCAAGUGGGACAACUCAAAGCAAAUUUGCUGCAAACACUUUGAGAGCUUUUGCUUUAUCCAGCCGGGUCAACUUCUAGCAGAGGCAUUGCCCACGCUACACUUGGAGCACGGGGAUAGCAACAUAUUCUUAAACGAUGAGGCCAUGGAUAACAGCAAGUUGUUGCGCGUCAAGGACGAGCCUAUGGAGAGCGAGGAUCUGAUGCUGUAACAAACAACUGAAAAUAGUCAGAGCGCAAGCGAUAUGAAUAUUGUGUCAUUCUAUAUUCUGCUUACGAAUGCCUAUGUGUGUAAGCCACAUUAUUUUAGCCUAGUGUUAGUCGCAACUAAUUUAUAUCACUUAAGACCUAAGUAUCUAUCAUAUUUUAUAUACCGAACUAAGCAUCACGUAUAAUGUUGUAGAGCCCCUACUACUAUUAAGUAAUCCUCAUCUUCACCCCAAUCCCAAAGCACACAUCAUCUAACUUAGUAGCUAAUAUUAUAAUGAAGUAGUCGUGGAAUCCAGUGAUUUUUACUCGUAAAUCGUUUAUACAUUGCUGCUUAGAGUCAGGCCAUAUAUAAUUUAGUUUCACACCGAGGCACAGAAUGUUCCUUAGUUAGCUUUUGUUUAAAUUCAUUUGAAAUUGUGUAACAGGUUUGCUAUUCAUUUUUAGUAAAUCACAAAAACUUGCAAACAACUUGGUGCUAGCACUAGCAAAAGGAUAACAACGUCAUUUUCACGAUAUCAUAGUUUUUGCGUUAUCUUCUUUUCAUUAUAUUUAAAUGUCAAUCGAGAGUUUUGCGACCAUCACGACACGGAGUCCUUGGAAAUAUCUUUUUUGAUGUGGCCGAUCACAUGUAAUUCGCAAAGGCAAAAAAAAAAAAUAUUUAUAAUAUCAGCAUCGUAGGUAUAACUAAGCUGUGUCCUUAAUAAUAAUAAAAGGUAAGCAGGAUAAAACAAUAUGACUGUCUGACUCAACAUACCCUUUAAUAUCUUUAAGCAUAUACAAAUAUGUAAACCUGUAGAAUAUACAAAGUACUUGGUGUCUUAUAAAAUAUGCAUAUAAAAUGAAA